CUGGGCAGUGCACGAACUACGCAUCUUCUUGGCCAAGUUCCUAUCCCCUUGCGGCUAGUGGGUGGGCGAUCGACGCGUGGGUGCGCCCCACCAGCCCACGGGUCUUGCCGUCAAGGACGGAAUCUAGAUACAAGAUGCCGAUGCCUAGGCUUGGAGCCUUGGAUACCCUCAUCAUGAGGACCCUGAUGCCAAGCCAGAAUUAUCUCGUCGUGAGGUAAUGGCAGGAAUGUCUUUCCUUUUCUCGGCAAGAUAGAAUUUUCACCUCCCAUCCCCACCACAGCCCUUCCUUCCCCCGUGUCUCUUCCGCCGCUUCGCAAAACCCUACCUAUCUCCCCAUACAUCCGCAAUCGAAGUCGUUCAAACGAUCAUUCAACAUGACGUUCUCCAACGCAGACGAUCCCGCUCCGACUUACGACUCUGCCACCAAUAUCCUCAUGGCAGACUUCGCGUCCGGAGGGGCACGAACCAGCAAGCCCUGGUGGAAUCUUGGGGGCAAAAGCCAAAAUCCUGUAACCGAAACCGAACCCUCUCUCCCUGCGCCGGCAACAUCCUCCAACAAUAACCGACGCGGGCAAACCACACCCAGCGGGCAGACUACUGCGACUACCCGGAACAAUAAGAAGUGCAUGCGCGAAUGCUCCUGCUAUACCAGCAUAGUGACGAUUGCCAUACUGGGACUAGCUGCAGGUUUCGUGGCUUUUAUUCUCUUCGUCGUGGGCAUAGGGUAUAUGAUAGAAGCGAUUGACAAGGCAGCUAGAGACUAGAGUGCGAUGGGGGUUUUUGUUUUAGCUAUUUAGCCAUGGAGUACUGUUUGCUAUUGG